ACUGGUCUUCGCUGUCUCCCCGUGUCCAAAACGUGGCGUACUACGCCGCAGGCUCGCGUAUAUAAGACGGAGGCGAGGGACCGGAGAAGUGUCACUUGCAAGCGCGACAUGGCGAAACUACUGGCCGUCUAUCUGCUGCUGCUGGUUGCUGCCCUGUUCUGCGAACAGGCCCUCGCCUGCACCCCGGGCACCCGGAAAUACGACGGCUGCAACUGGUGCAGGUGUUCCAGCGGCGGAGCCUGGACGUGCACGCUCCGCUACUGUCCUCCAUCCAGGGCCUGCGCCGAGGGCGAGCGCAAGUACGAUGGCUGCAACUGGUGCACUUGCGUCAGAGGCGUCUGGGUCUGCACCGCCAAGUUCUGUGGCCGCUCCGCCGCUGAUGGCGGCGGUGACGCUCCAUUGGUGUAAGCGUUAUCUCGUGCCCAGAUCAGCUCUCCACAAAACUUCGCUGCGAUGCGUUCUGCUGCUUCAGAAAUGAUAAAAUAUUAAUGUGUACCUAACAAAUGGCUAAGAAUAAAAUCUGAUGUACUCAGUUUUGUUCAAGCUCAA